CUGAGGACCAUUCUCUUCCCAAUUCCCACUUUGCCACUCGUUCCAUCUCUCAGUCCACCUUCGGCCUUCCAUCGGAGAUCCAUCAAUUUUGCUGCCGCCGAGCUUGCCUCCGGCAAGUCAUAUCGUCUCGCUAGAUCUUCACAAAUCGUAGCCGCGCUCCUUUCGUUGCCCUUCCAGCCGCCGCCGCAGCCGCUUGAUCCGCAAUCGCUGGCGCCGCGGCCUCUCUUCCCAUUCGACGUAUGUGAAGUUUGUUUCGAGACUCUGCCCAAUUCUUCGAUCUGUUGCUGCAUUCGAUCGGUGAGUUUGAUUUUGGCUUCCUUUUCCUAUGAAAUGGUGAUAAUAGAAGGAAAUGAGAUUUAAAUGGGAGCUGAAAAUGGGGACGAAGCAUCGGUUAUGGCGACCCUACUUCCUCUUGCGUCCGCCUCUCAGCAGCCUUACGUGUCUGAGCUUCUAUCCUUCACUCUGGAUCGACUCCACAAAGAACCUGAGUUACUGCGGGUUGAUGCUGAGCGAAUAGAGAGACAAAUGCAGGAGGUGGCAGUGGGGAACUACCAUGCCUUCAUUGUUGCCACGGAUGCUUUAAAUGCGAUUAGAGAAGAAGUGUCCAAUGUUGAUAAGCUUCUGGAAUCACUAAUCUCUGAAAUCCCUGAAUUAAUAUCUGGCUGCACUGAGUUCAUUGAAUCCGCAGAAGAGGUCCUGGAGAAGCGAAAGAUGAACCAAACGUUGCUCUCAAACCAUAGCACAUUGCUUGAUUUACUUGAAAUUCCACAACUUAUGGACACGUAUGUACUUGACAAACUUUAUGUUGAAGGCUGAGCCAGGAUUUGUUGCCAAGUUACUACUAAUUGUUAUGCCUUGAUGAAAACCAAGAUACUGGAUGCAUGGAAAUGUCUGUUCCUGAAUGUUGUAAAGUUUUCCAUUCUUUCCCCUGCAUUUAGAACUUUAUAUAGGGUCAGAAAGGGGUUAGAAUUUUCACUCUAACUAGAAACAAUGAGAACUCAAAGAUGUAUAUUUUCACAUCUGCUUAUGUCUAUUGUAAUAUGGUCACAAAUUUAUUCAUUGUUGUAUAUGAUAGGUGUGUGAGGAAUGGUAAUUAUGAUGAAGCUCUUGACUUAGAAGCAUAUGUUGCCAAACUUGCGACAGUCCACCCCAAAUUACCCGUCAUCCAGGCUCUAGCAGCUGAAGUUAGACAGACAACCCAGUCUCUUCUAGCUCAGCUUCUCCAGAAACUUUGUUCUAAUGUUCAGUUGCCGGAGUGCCUCCGUAUUAUUGGCUACUUGCGUAGAAUAGGAGUGUUUUGUGAGUAUGAACUGCGUCUGCAGUUUCUGAGAUGCCGGGAGGCAUGGCUUACAGGUAUUCUUGAGGAUCUGGACCAAAGGAAUGCUUAUGAGUUCCUGAAGGGAGUGAUAAACUGCCACAGAAUGCAUCUCUUCGAUGUGGUAAACCAAUACCGGGCAAUAUUUGCUGAUGAUACAUCAGGAAGUGAAGAAAACUCUGAUGGUGGACUUCUUUUCAGUUGGGCCAUGCAUCAGAUCACUUCACACCUUAAAACUCUCAAAAUAAUGCUCCCAAAGAUAACUGAGGGUGGUCCACUAUCAAAUAUUCUGGACCAGUGCAUGUACUGUGCAAUGGGACUUGGUGGUGUAGGGUUGGAUUUUCGAGGCUUGCUUCCACCUCUAUUUGAACAGGCAGUUCUCAAUUUAUUCUCAAAGAACAUGGGUACAGCAGUUGAAAAUUUUCAGUUGGUUUUAGAUUCACAUCGCUGGGUGCCAAUGCCAGCAGUUGGCUUUCCAGCUAGUAAUAUGGGUGAAGAGACCCACGAUGACAUAUCUCCACCACCGUAUCUAAUGGAGCAUCCACCUCUAGCAGUUUUUGUUAAUGGUGUGUCCGCUGCAAUGAACGAGCUGCGCCCGUGUGCUCCACUAAGUCUGAAACAUGUGCUUGGUGUAGAAUUAAUUAAGGGAUUGGAAGCUGUUGCAGACUCUCUGUUAAGGUACAACGCCACUAGGAUGCUCAGAGAAACCGAGUCUGCACUUUUCCUCUCACUCUGCCGAGCAUUCAUAGAGAUUGUCCAUCCGCAUUGUGCUGCAUGCUUUGGCCGCUGCUAUCCAGGAGGGGCUGGUUUUGUUAUGGAUGCCAAGAAUGUACUCGAUGGGGUCGGCCGCCUAUUAGCCACGGCUUCCUCCAGGGAGCUCCCAAAGCCAGCGAAAAUUUCAGAAGAGAAGGCUGUAAUGGAAAAUGGUGAUGCCCCUGCGGUCCAAAAUGGGACGACUUCUUCUGAUGGAGAACAGAGGAACGAAAUGGACGGAACGAACGUAAUUAACUUGCCAGCAGAGGAAAGCAAGGUGGAUGCAGCCGUUAAAGCCACAUGAUGUCGGGUUUGUUCUUCUAGUGGCCAUUGCUAUGUUGUAGGAUGCAUGAGGGCUUUUGUAACGCUGUAGAUAGAGAACUCUGUUUUAGUUGUCACAAAAAAUAAAUCGAUUCAGUGAUUGGGUGUUUUUAUCUCACUCGGAGAGUCUGUUUGACGUGAGUCUGUCAAUGUUACCGAUCAUUGGGCCAAUUGGAUUGAUUACCAUCUAACGGACAUUGAUUAAUCGGUCGUUUGAUGUGGUAUGUGGG